AUGUUCUCCCACUACUGUGUCCUGCUGCUGAGCGUGUUCAGCCUGACCCCUCUCUCUCUGGCACUGCCCUUUGAGCAGAGGGGCUUCUGGGACUUUGGCAUCGAUAGUGAUGGCGGAGGCUUGAUGACGACGAUGAUGAGGGAUGAGGAAGAAGGCUCAGCCAUGGAGGAACCGUCACCUCCAGAGUUCCCCAUGUGUCCGUUUGGGUGUCACUGUCAACUGAAGGUGGUCCAGUGCUCAGAUCUGGGGUUGACCGAAGUCCCCAAAAACAUCCCCACUGACACCAAGCUGCUGGACCUGCAGAGCAACCGCAUUACCGAGCUGAAGGAGAAUGACUUCAAAGGCCUCUCCAACCUCUACGCUUUGUCACUGGUCAACAAUAAAAUCUCAAAGGUUCAUCCGCGGGCCUUCGUGCCAAUGCGGCACCUGCAGAAGCUUUACUUCUCCAAAAACCUGCUGACGGCCAUACCCAAAAACCUGCCCGCCUCGCUGGUGGAGCUGAGGAUCCAUGACAACCGCAUUAAGAAGGUGGCCGAUGGUACCUUCUCCGGCUUGGGCAGCAUGAACUGCAUAGAAAUGGGUGGGAACCCCCUUCAGAACAGCGGCUUCGAGCCUGGAGCUUUCAAAGGCCUGAAACUCAACUACCUGCGCAUUUCAGAGUCAAAACUAACUGGCAUUCCCAAAGAUCUCCCUGAAAGCCUCCAUGAGCUCCAUUUGGAUCAUAAUGAGAUCCAGGCAAUCGAGCUGGAGGACCUGAGCCGCUACAAGCAACUGUACAGGUUGGGCCUGGGCUACAAUCACAUCCGCAUGAUUGAGAACGGCAGCCUGUCCUAUUUGCCAAAUCUCAGAGAGCUGCAUUUGGAAAACAACCGGCUGAGUCGCAUCCCGAGGGGCCUGCCUGACAUGAAGUACCUGCAGGUGGUCUACCUCCAUUCCAACAACAUAAGCCGGAUAAACGUGGAUGACUUCUGCCCUCGUAGCUUUGGCGUGAAGAGGAGCUUCUACAAUGGCAUCAGUCUCUUCAGCAACCCCGUCCAGUACUGGGAAGUGCAGCCCGCAACUUUCCGCUGUGUCAGUGACCGGCUGUCCAUUCAUUUUGGAAACUACAAGAAAUAGAGCCGAGAGGAGGCCUACAGGAGAGAGGGGGAAACAACGGAUAAAGGACAGUCAAACAAACUGAAAAGAAGAGGGAUAAUCAGAAAGUUGGGGAGGGGGAUAUAAUGCACAGUAUGCCUGUGUUUGUGAGGUAUUGAAGUUGAAGGAAAUAUUUGUGGAGGUGAAAUAGAAAUUGGGGUUUCAUCAUCCUUAAAUUUGUGGAGAAAGCAGAGCAUAACAGCACAAACUGGCUAUGUUCCAAAGCACAUUCACUUAACCUUUUAAUGAACUAACAUUGAAGACGUUCCAAAAAAAAGUUCAAAACAUGGCCAAAUUGCACAAAUAUUUUUAAAAAGUCACAAAUGCCAGCUUCUUUUUAAAAGGGCUUCUUAUUGUUUACCAAACAUGUUCAACAGUAGUGUAAUUAACAUGUACUCUUAUUGACAUCAGUGCAGUUCAUAUGAUUAUUAUUAUUAUUAUUAAAUAUUAGUUAUUUUGUUAUUGAAACCAGGUGAGGUGAGAAGUUCAUUAUGAGUUUUAAUGUUAUGUUGUUCUUUAUGUCUAUUCCUGUCUCUAGGAGUGUCUUUUUGGGGAGUAAGAUUUUAGUCACUGCCUUGCUACCUGUGCUUCAGGGAUCUGUUCUGAAUUAAAUUAGUACUGUAUGUUAUAUAGAACCACAUUACCUUUUCUUCAGCCUAUCGCUUUAUGAUGCAGUCUGUCAGAAAUCCAGGCCCCACACCCAUUCUAGGCCUUCACUAGUCUUGGAGCUGGAUACGGGACUGUCCUUUCUCUUGUAUUAUUUUGCACAAUGCCUUUCCACAUUCCACCUGAUGCUCUUGCUGGUGUUUCUGGACGGGUUUACCCCGCAGAGUUUUGUGGCAAUCCUGUGAGCAUGCUCUGUACUCUGUUGAUCUUCCGCAUGUUGAGAAUAAAAAAAACUUUCAGCUUAACUUAAAGAGCAGAAAUAACACAUGAUCAUGGUCUGAAAGCUGUGACAAAUAAAACAUAAUUUAAUAACUAA